AUGCCUUCAGCGGCGCAAAAGCUUCAUCUCAACAAGAAGGAUCCGUUGUGGCCGGCGAUCCCCUCCAGGAUAACUCUCGAGGACCCCCCUCUCAUAGCUCAGGUGUUCAAGAUGAUGGAAAACGCACAGCCGGUGCAGGCCCUCCGCGACUCCCUUCGCCGGGACCGCGUUGCUGCCGACGUGUCACGAAAGUUUGCCGCGCCCCGAGAGAAAGAAAGCAAAGUCGGCAGGAAACGCGGCAGACGCUGUGGGACGGCAAACAGUGCGCUUGAACAAGCCUACCUCCCGGCCGGGGUAGCCCCAGCAAUUGGCUUGAGGCAGCAGCGAUCGCGCAGCGGUGGCAGCAACUGUGGAAGCCCUUCUCGCGGACUGAGUCACGCUGCGAGCCGCCAUCCGGGGGACUCAGCAACCCGACUGAACAACAAUCAUGUCGACGAACGCGCUGGAGACAUCAAUGAGGGUUUUCGAUCCAGGAUGGGGCUUCCCGGAUCCAGUAGCGAGCCAAUACUCUCGUCUGCUCAGUCGUUGUCCUCUGACAUCACAUCGUUGGCCAGUCACUGCGGCUUCGAAUUCAACUCUCGCAGCCACGGAGGCAGCAAUUCUAGUCUUUCCUCCUCCAGCCGAACAGCUCAACCAUCCAACCGCCAGCCGCAUAAGCGACGGCAUCAGCACCGCAACAGCGGGCAGCAGAACUCGGCUGAGGUGCCUACGUGGUCUGCUUCCCAUGGCGGCGGCGACACCUCCCCGACAGCCGCCUUGUCCGUCAUGUCUUCGGGAGACGCAGACACUACCCCGCUCCCGGGCGUCUGCUACAUCACGUACCCCCCGACACCGGACCUAGCGGCGGUUUCCUUGUCUUCUCCGCCCGCAGAACGCGGCCUCGAUGGCCCCCGCGGCCGUGCCCGCAACAGCAGCAGCGAUGCCGGCAGCGACGUCACGCAAAUCGCUCGCGCCGCCAGGAGAGAGGACUCUUCCGCUGACCUUCCCGGAGACGUGGAAGAAGAAGAAGAAGAAGAAGAAGAAGAAGAAGAAGAAGAAGAAGAAGAAGCAGGAGGGGGUGAGAACGGUUCUGCUGCAGCGGAAGCUUCGCCAAGAGAGACACACGAAGAUGAAUGUUCCUUCACGGUGGGCGGUACUGCCAACGUAUCAUCUCCAGUCGGCAGCUGGCAGAACGAAAGAUGCGGCAACCGCGACAUCGCCGAUACUGGCUGUCCGGGCCUUAGUAGUGGUGAGGGGGGCCAGCGGCAACGAGGGCCCACGGAACAACCGCCAUUGGCCAGCGGAAAAACCACCUUGAAACGACACGUUGCCUACGACUUGGAAGAGGACCCGGGAAGUUACGAGUCCGGAUUGGUGGGGGCGGGGGAGGUGGCCUCCAUGGAGGGAAUAGCGGAGCAGGGAUCAGAACGUCGAGCGGCGCCGAGGAGACAGGCUGGGAAGGGCGGCGGAGGUGGGGAACGGCCCCUGCGUUGUGGUCAAAAGGUGAUCUCGAUGAUGAUUUCGGAUGGCCACCCGUUGGUGGCGUCGAGGGGGUCCCCAUCGCUUCCUGGGGUGGACGAGCACCAGCUUCCGCCGUUCUGGCUGGCCGAGAUGCACGACAACAUGAGGAAAAAUAGGUCGAGGCUGAACACGGAUGCGGAGACAGAGCUGACGAUGGUAGUGCGCUAUUUCAUGGCCUUCGGGUCGAAAGGGGGUCGAGACGGCCUCACCCUCCAGGACCUCGAAGCAGCGUUCCGAGCCUCCAGGAGGGCGGAUGCGUUCUUGGCGAUCGAGAAGAAAGGAAAGGCGGCAUUUAUCAAGUGUUUGGCCAUGCUCAAGGCUCACGGGCUAGCACCCGAGGACUGGCUGCAGGAGCUACUGUCCGAAAGGAAACAGGAUCGCCUGACGACGUUCGAAAUGGGCGAGAGUAUCCGUGGCUAUAACAGGGCUAAGCCCGCGUGGGUCCGGUCCCACAAGCAUUGGCUACGCGAGUUCAUGAUCUCGGAGAAGGACCUUCGCUGGUGCCAGCGGUUCGUGGAUCCCGACGGGAACACCGACAUCGACGAAGAGGAGCUUUCAAACGCUGUUAAAUCUACUCUCGACGGGAAGCCCCGCAUGUCGUUCGAAGAGAGCCGAGCGGUGGAACUCAUCUUGGAGUUUGAAAAAUUCAUAUCGACCAACCGUAUCCGGCUGGUCGACCUUUUUGAGAGGGUCGACAAGGACAAGGGAGGAACCAUAGACGGCGAAGAGCUCAGGGAGUUCUUGAAGCUUGGGAGGAAAACGGAAACCGGUGUCAACAGGAUGCUCGACAGCCUCAAAACGUUUACCAAGACCAAAGGCCUUCGCCUCUCCGACAUGAUACAGGCCACCGGCGCGCAUCCCGACGAGGGCAUGGACCCUUCCCAGCUGCUGGCCUUCUUCGAGCGGGCGACAGGCUCGUCCCUCGACCUUACCAAGGAGUCCCUGGAGAAGAUCGUCCAGAACGUGGACGAGGACGGCGACGGCCUGCUCUCUCUUUCCGAGAUUCAGCUGGCGUUGACCCAGCACGCGCAGGACGAGAUUCUCCUUCGGCGGCUUGCCAAGGCCGUCGCCCUGCACAUGGCCAGGAUGCUGAAGAAGACAGACCAUACGAGAAACAUCGGCAACGGCUUCCUCCGACCGCCCAGGAAUACCACGUCUGCUGCCGCUGCUACUGACACGGACUUGGGUUUUGAUCCCGAAAUCCAUGACCGCGACAGCAGCGGCAGCGGCGGAGGCAGUGGCAGCGGCGGCGGCGGCCGCGGAGGUGGAAGCCUCGCCAGCGGCUCGACGGUGUCCGGGAACGUAUCACGAGGUCUACGAUGGAGCAGCGGCAGCGGCGGCGAUAGCUCGGGUAUCAUCCCACCGGAGCAGGAACACGAAGAUGCUUCGAAGCAGGCGGGACUUGGAGGACCGAGCAACAACGCCGACCACAACUACAAGUGGAUACUGCAUGACGAGUCCAGCAUGGACAGAAUCGCCUCCAUGGAAGGGAUCGAGCUGUGCAUGUCCAAGUGGGAAAGGCGGCACCCGGCGAGAUUUCAGGUUACUUCUUCCUCCGUUCCGAGGGCAGCAUUCAAAGUGCAGGCCGGGAGUAAUCUUGACUCGAGUUGGUUGCCAGGCUUCGACCAGCGCUUCGAGGUUCAGCGUCUGGCGCAGGGGCAGCGAGUGGUCGGUGGUUCUUGCACCUGGUACACAAACUAA